AUGUCUUCCAACGAGAACGAGCGCAAGAGUACGCCUAUACAAGCGCAAGUCGAGAUCGUGGACUUGGCUCCAGCUGAGGUUUCAAGAUUCAAUGUCGACGAAGGAGGCCAGUUUAACAUCACUCUAAAGCUCCUGGCCCUGAUCGUUGCUAUUUGGAGUAUCUAUUUUGCGAGUAUCAUCCAUAUCGUCGCAGUCGCAGGCGGCGGUGAUAAGGUGACUUGGAUCACCCUCGUACUCGGGAUCAACCCCAUUAUUUUUGGCCCCCACUGA